AUGUCCAUAGUUCGUUUAUCCGUCCAUGCCAAAUGGAUUGUGGGGAAGGUGACUGGGACAAAAAUGCAAAAGACUGCUAAAGUGAGAGUGAUCAGGCUUGUUCUGGAUCCCCAUUUAUUAAAGUAUUAUAAUAAGCAAAAAACGUACUUUGCUCACAAUGCCCUUCAGCAGUGCACAAUUGGGGAUAUCGUGCUUCUCAAAGCUUUACCUGUUCCACAAACAAAGCAUGUGAAACAUGAACUGGCUGAGAUUGUUUUCAAAGUUGGAAAACUCGUAGAUCCAGUGACAGGAAAACCUUGUGCAGGAACUACCUAUCUGGAGAGUCCAUUGAGUUCGGAAACCACCCAGGUAAGCAAAAAUCUGGAAGAACUCAAUAUCUCUUCAGCACAGUGA